AUGAAAUCUGGUGAUUGGGUAGUAAAGGGGUUGGAAUUACAACACAAGAAUCAUGUCCCUACACCUCAAAAGUCUCACUAUAUUGCUAUGUAUAGGAAGGAAGACAUCAAUGCUGCUGUGAGGAGAAAGCUCUUCACUGAUGUUGGUUCUGGGUCAAAGGUCACCCAAGUCUUCAACUCACUAGCCAGUGAGAGGAAUGGGGUUGAAAAUGUGGCCUUUACUAAGAGAGAUUUGCAUAAUGUUAUCUCUCGGGAAAGAAGUGAAAAGAUGAAGAAUGGUGACUGGAAUGCGUUGUUUGAUUACUUCAACGCCAUGAGUGCUGAUAAUCAGAACUUCUAUCAUAUGCAUAGGGUAGACAAAUUCAAUCAAUUGUCCGAUGUUAUGUGGGUUGACGCAAGAAGUAGGGCUGCCUACGAGGAGUUUGGGGACGUGAUUGUGUUUGACACUACAUACUUAACAGAUCAGUACGACCUGCCUUUUGCAAAUUUUGUCGGUGUCAACCACCAUGGACAAUCCAUUCUUCUAGGAUGUGCCUUGUUUUCCCAUGAGAAUGCCGAAACAUUUGAGUGGUUAUUCAGAACUUGGUUAGGGUGUAUGUCUAACAAGAAACCCUUGGCUAUAUUAACUGACCAAGAUGCUGCAAUGAGGAAAGCUCUCCGCAAUGUUAUGCCUUGUACACGUCACCGCUGGUGCUUAUGGCACAUACUUACCAAGUUCAGCCAGAAACUUGGUAAGUAUGAGACUUAUGAAUUGUUUAAGGUGGAACUUCACAAUGUCAUUUAUGACAGCCUCACUGAUGAUGAGUUUGAGAAGGAGUGGGCUGCUGCCAUUGCAAAAUAUCAGCUCGAGGAAGAUCCGUGGCUGGCAGGUUUGUAUGCCGAGAGGAAAAUGUGGGCUCCUGCCUACAUGAGACACAUUUUUUGGGUAGGAAUGAAGACCACUCAGCGUGUUGAGAGCAUUAACUCUUUCUUUGAUGGAUUCCUCGACAAGCACACAUGGUUGUAUGAGUUUGGGCCGAAGUACAUAGCAGCAAUGGAGUCAAGAGCAAAUGAUGAGCAACAAGAUGAUGCUCGGUUCUGUCGACCACUUAUCACCGGUUUUAUGCCCGAAUGGUUUUUCAGAAAAAUCUACACAGUUUCAAAGUUUUUGGAUGUCCAAGAACAAUGCAAUAGAGUGAUGUACUUGACCCCGUUGUCUAAGGUCAUUGACUCUGAUGAUGGUGCCACUGUUACCCACACUCUUGAGGACAGAGUGUGGGUCUUGUUCAAGGAAACUCGGAAAGAAUUCCCGACUCAAUACACGAGGCUAUAUCAUGUGAAAAUUAAUAAAGAAAACACUAAAGCUUUCUGCAGCUGCAAGCAUUUUGAAACUCAUGGCAUUAUAUGUCGUCAUAUCAUUAAGGUUUUGGACAUGCAUAAGAUGACUGUUGUCCCUGAAAUGUUUGUCUUAAAUCGCUGGCGUAAGGAUGUUUUCAGAAAGCACACUAGGGUCAAGGUUACUUACCAUGAUCCUUCAAAGACGGUGGAGUCUAAGAGGUUUGAUGAAAUGAUGGUAGAUUUUGAGCCCUUGUGCGUUAAGGCUUCUAUAGUGGCUGAUUGUGUCCCUAUAGUUAUCGACACACUUCGGCAGUUGGACAUCAACAUGGAAGCCACAGUGAAUGCAGCAGGAUUAUCCGGUAUCACACUAACUAAGAAAACUCCACCCAAAUCAACCAAAAAAUCUCCUGCUUCCUCCAAAAAGAAAACUCCAAAGUCUAUGAACAAGGGAAAAUGGACUGUCACUGAGACUGGGAAGCAGUCCAUUAUGGAUGUUUCUCCGACCUGUUUUGAGAUUGGUUCCCCAUCUACUGAUCUGUUAGUCAAUGAUCCUGUUUCUCGCAAAAAGCCUCAUAGAACUCCAAGUUGCAUGCAUCGGUCCUGUGUAGAGAAGUCAAAAAAGCGAACUCCUAAGAGGAGCAAAUCCGUAAAAAAAACUGCACUACACCCUCAGGUGAACUCUGAUGAAGUGCUUCGCUUGUCUGCUGGUGGCAUUGAGAUGCUGACUGAAAAUGGUUCGGUUGGGUACUUCACUAGCACGGUGGAAGAAGACUCUGAUGGUUUUGUGUUGUGUGGAGAUGAUGAUGGAGAUGUUCUUGGAAUGGAUGUUGAUGAUGUAGGUGUAGUCGGUCUGGAUGGUGAUGGAGGUGAUGAUCUUCUCACACAACAUGAUCUGGUUUGGGUAUAA